AUGGGUCAAUCACUGAGCUUGGAUGAUGAAGCAGACAAUGACAUGGAGCAAAUCCAAUCUAGCACCAAUCAAUCGUCUGAAUCGGCUCGAAACAUUUACAAUUCCAUCUAUCAACAAACAAGUGCCAUCGAAUUAGAUUGUUCGGAGGAUUUAUUCGGAUCAGAAAAUAUUUGGUCCAAUCUACCACUUGAUGCUAUCAAGUAUAUUUUCGAGUUUUUACCAUUUUCUGAUUUAUUUAACACCUCACGUGUUUGUAAGAAAUUUAAUUCAUUGUGUUGGAAACAUUUGACAGUUAUUGAUAUUUCAAAGGAGAGUAAGAGUGCUGCUCUCUAUGUUAACGAUCAAGUUUUAGCAAGAGUGGUAUCACUCAUUCCAAAUAUCAAACAUUUAAGUUUGUGUGGCUGUAGAUUAUUGACAAGUGAUAGUUUAGAAUUGAUUACUUUUCAAACUAAUUUACAAAGUUUGGAUUUGAGUUAUGUGCCAAGAUUAGAAUUGAGUUGUUUAUGUAAAAUUGCCGAUACAUGUACACAUCUAAAACGUCUAGUUCUUGCAGGAGGUUACAGAUCUUGGGAUAGUGGAAACGUAGAAAAGAACUUUCCAUUCUUUCCCAACUUGGAAGUAUUUGUGUUCAAAAGACCAAAUUGCACAACUAAACAAUUCAGGGAAUUUUUGAGAAAGCAGUGCAAUACAUUGAAAGGAUUGAACAUUGAUUCUCCACAAAAUUAUUCUGCAAUAGACAGUGAAAUAAUUUCAGAUAUUCUUUCCAAUGAAAAAUGCAAAGAACAAUUGAUAUUUCUAAAUUUGAAUUUUAGAGAGGAUGGUUACGCUGCCAGUUCAUUCAAUAGUAAGGUCGUUGCAAACUUACAACAUUUCAAAAAAUUGAAAGGUCUCUCCAUCUCAACAUUUGUCGAUGAAGAAACUUGCAAACUAGUUCUAAAAAGUAUUGGAAAUCAAUUGGAAUAUCUGAAUGUUACCAGAACAGGUCCCUCUGCAGAAAUAACCUCUACCCUACUCUCUGUUCCAAUGAGAAAUUUGAAAAUUCUCUCACUUCACAGGAAUGAUUUAUUACAAGGAUCAAAUUCUAUUCAUGUUUCAAAUAUCAAGAAAAUUUUACAAAGUGCUUUGAAUAGAGAUGGAGAUUUGGGUAGAUUGGAAUGUUUUGAAUUCUGCUAUGUGAAACACAAUGAUAGCAUUGAUGAAUUGACCUCAAAAUUCAAUCCAUACUUUAAGAAUAUUCGAGAAUGGAAACGAAAAUUAGGAUUUGAAGAUUACUGA